AUGAGUCUUAUCAAGCACUCCAUUAGAGGAAGAUCAGAGUUGCAGGGUCCAAGGCCAUCACCGUUAAAGGUUAGCCAUUCUUCAUCGUUGAUCAAGAAAGCAUCGCAUGGUAAUAUUCGGAAUCGAAUCAAUAGUAGCAGCAGUAAAGUAAUCAAUCCUGUGGUGAUUUAUUUGAGGUCGCCGAAGAUUAUCCAUGUUAGACCCGAGGAGUUUAUGGGCCUGGUACAACGCCUUACGGGGAAAGACUCGUCGUCAAGGGAUGAAUCGUGUAAUCGGCUGCCGUCUUCUUCUUCUUCUUCUUCUUGGAACAUGGCGGCGGCGGAACCGGCCAAGGUGACUAAGAGAACAUCAUCAGGAGAUAAUUUGUUUGAUGCAGAAAUGUCGAAGCUGGCUUUUAAUGGGGUUGAACAUGGUGAUCAAAUUCUUGAACUGUCUCCAACUUUUCUACGUUUUUUAGCUUGUGUAUAG